AUGUAUGACUCUAUAUUGAUAUUUUUAAAACAAAUUAAUAUAAUACGUUCACUAUUUUUAAAUUGUUUAGUGAUUUAUUUUAUUUAUUUGUUUUUUUUUACACUUGUAAAAGGAAAAAAGAUAGAAUAUGAUUCAUUUCAUAAUCCAAUGUAUGGUAUGUUAAAUGUGCGUUCAAAUUUCUCGAUACCUACUAUAAUAAAAUGGAAAAAUAUUAAAAAGUAUGGAUUUAUUCAUAAGACUGAAAAUUAUAAUUAUCAAAAAAAUAAUAAAUUUAACAUUUUUAAACGACCAAAUAAUUAUACAAUAAAUUAUAAAUUAAAAGUUAACUUAUUUAAAAUUAAAAAUAAUAAAGACAUUUAUUUUUUGAGUGUAAAUGGAAAUAUAAAUCAAAAAUUGAACGACACGAAUUGCGGUGGGGGCUGUAACAUGUGCAGUUCCCAAGUUAGCAAACAAAAUGGUGCCAAAGCAAAUGACAACACAAAUUAUAGCGACACAAAUGGUGCCAAAGCAAAUGGCGACACAAAUGGUGCCAAAGCAAAUGGCGACACAAAUGGUGCCAAAGCAAAUGGCGACACAAAUGAUAGCGACACAAGUGGUGACAGCACAAGUGGCGACAAAAUAUUAUAUUUGGUAAAUCCGAGAGGGUUCUGUAAGGGAGUAAGCAGAGCAAUUGAAACGGUUGAAGAAUGCUUGAAAACAUUUAAAACAAAUAUAUAUGUAAAACAUAAAAUUGUCCAUAAUGAUAUUGUUUGUAAAGAUUUAGAAAAUAAAGGAGCCAUUUUUAUUGAAGAUUUAAAUGAAGUACCAGAUGGCAGUAUAUUAAUUUAUUCUGCACAUGGAAUAAGCCCCCAAAUUAAGGAGCUAGCUAAAAAAAAAAAAUUAAUAGAAAUAGAUGCAACUUGCCCAUUAGUUAAUAAAGUACAUGUAUAUGUUAAGAUGAAAGCAAAAGAAGGAUAUAAAAUUAUAUUAAUAGGAUAUAAAAAUCAUGUCGAAGUUAUAGGUACAUAUAAUGAAGCACCUGAUUGUACAUAUAUUGUUGAAAAUGUCGAACAAGUUAAUAAUUUGAAUUUUACAGAAAAUCAAAAAUUAUUUUGUGUAACACAAACAACACUAAGUGUAGAUGAUUGUGCAUUGAUUCUUAAUAAAUUAAAAGAAAAAUAUCCUAAUAUUGAAACAAUACCAAGUGGUUCUAUAUGUUAUGCUACAACUAAUAGACAAAGAGCUCUUAAUAAAAUAUGUACAGAAUGUGAUAUUACAAUAGUAGUAGGUAGCCAAUCUUCUUCGAAUGCUAAAAAAUUAGUAUAUUCAUCACAAAUAAGAAAUACAGAUGCAAUUUUAAUAAAUACAAUUAAUGAUUUAGAUUUUUCAAUUCUUAAAAAUGUCAAAAAAAUCGCUUUGACAUCUGCUGCCUCAACGCCAGAUGAAUUAACUCAACAAUUUGUUAAAGUAUUAACAAAUCCACCUUAUAAUUAUAAAUUAAACAUUUUUAAUGGUGUUGAAGAAAUUGUUCCUAAAUGGAAACUUCCCAAAGAACUUAUAAAUAUGAUUAAACAAAAAAAAGAAGAACAAACAUAA